CCUUAAAAAGUUACACAAAGUGCAGCUACUCGUCUCCGAGGCGAACGUCUUCUAUCAUCCAAAUUUGGAGCGUCAACUGCGCACCAACUACGGCGCCAACUCCAACUCCAACGCCGCUGCUCGAGUGCGUGACUCUGUCAUUGGCACUGGCCAAUUUAGUCUUAAUCAAUAUGAUUUGAAUUUCGUGUGGCAACAAAUGGAGGCGUACGCAAAUAACACAACCAACAACAAUGCCAGCGAUGCAGAAAUGCCAGGCAGUGAUGUUAGCAGCGCGGCGGAGCGCAAAGCAAAGGAUUCUACGGGCGGUGCAGCACGUUCCAGCGAGGAUAUCGCAACAAAAAAUUAUCACUACUUUACAGCGCAGUCGGGCGUGGACUUCAAGAGUAGUACGCAGUUGAUUUUCGAUGUGCUAAUGCAGAUAAUUGAGCACAAUCACAUUUUGGUUUUACCAAAUCUGGUGAAAUUCACUGAAAUAUGCGAAAGUCGUGAUCAAAUCAAAUGGAUUAAGGAGAAAGCUUUAAAACUGCAAGAGACAAUACCAAUGGAUGACACAAUUUCACAUCAGCACUUAAUCUACUUACUGUGCAAGACGCAAGCCAUGCUGAUACCCACACUUGGCGAAUUGCAACAAUUGUGCCAGCUCAUUGGCAAUUAUUUGAAGAGUUCGCACAUCUUCAUACGAAAUGCAACGCUGGCCGGGCUGCUCUGUCUGCUCGAAUGCUGUUCGAAGACCAAUACCACAAUUGGCAAGUUGAGUGAAGAGUUGGCUCUGCUGCGCGAACUGAUUGUGGGCUACAUCAAUCGUCAUGGGAUUAUCGAUGGAGGUGAGUAGUCAG